CUUGACUACACCAUGGAGUCUCCUAAUCACACUGUCCUGGACCCUUCUGUCUUCUUUCUCCUGGGAAUUCCAGGUCUAGAGCAGUUCCACCUGUGGCUCUCGCUCCCUGUGUGUUGUCUGGGCACGGCCACAAUUGUGGGCAACAUCACUAUCCUGGUUGUUGUUGCCACCGAACCAGCUCUGCACAAGCCAGUGUACCUUUUCCUCUGUAUGCUCUCAACCAUUGACUUGGCCGCUUCCUUCUCCACUGUUCCCAAGCUACUAGCCAUCCUCUGGUGUGGAGCAGGACACAUCACUGCUUCUGCCUGCUUGGCACAAAUGUUUUUCAUCCAUGCCUUCUGUAUGAUGGAGUCCACUGUGCUGUUGGCCAUGGCCUUUGACCGUUACGUGGCCAUCUGUCACCCACUCCGCUAUGCCACUAUUCUCACCGAUACCAUCAUUGCCCGCAUAGGUGUAGUAGCUAUGGUGCGGGGCUCCCUGCUUAUGUUUCCAUGUCCUUUUCUAAUUCGGCGUUUGAGCUUCUGCCAAAGCCAUGUGAUCCCCCAUACAUACUGUGAACACAUGGCCGUAGUGAAGCUGGCCUGUGGGGACACCAGGCCUAACCGUGUGUAUGGGCUGACUGCAGCACUACUGGUCAUCGGGGUUGAUUUAUUCUGCAUUGGUCUCUCUUACGCCUUUAUUGCUCGAGCUGUCCUUCGUCUCUCAUCGCGUGAAGCUCGGUCCAAGGCCUUAGGGACAUGUGGAUCCCAUGUAUGUGUCAUCCUCAUCUCCUAUACCCCAGCCCUUUUCUCCUUUUUCACUCACCGCUUUGGGCAUCAUGUUCCACUUCAUAUUCACAUUCUUUUGGCCAACAUAUAUCUGCUCUUCCCACCUGCUCUUAAUCCUCUAGUAUAUGGUGUUAAGACCAAGGAAAUCCGGGAAAGGGUUGUCAGGGUAUUUCAACGGGGACAGGGACCAGGAAGCAAAGCAUCUGAAUGA